GAUGAAUUUUUGCCACGCGGCGCUACAAACUCAGCAAUUUCAGGAAUCGUCCAUUAUUCGAACUUUUACUGUCUUAAGAAUUUAGCUACAUUUCUUUAUCAACUGCAUGUUAUGCAUUAUGAAGCUUUUAAACUAGCAUUCGAUAUUUUUCACACGUGAUUGUGUCUUUGGUUAUGUUUGGCUUUGUGUUUACGCGACAACAUGUUUUCGAACAGAAAGAAAAUUUGAGCAGAACUAAACAGAACUCUGUAAAUUGAAUGUGAUUCACUUGUGUUUGUAAUAAGUUACGUUCUUACACGAUGGAUACAGAACGAUUACUUAAGAAGAAGAAACGGGUCAAGCGAGAUGGCAAUCUUCAGCAGUGGGCUGAAGUUGUUAAAGAACUUGGAGACUUAUACUUUGAAACUGGAAAGUUAGAAGAUGCUUUACAAGAGUAUACAGAACAGUUAGAGGUUUGCAGUAUCUUAGAAGACAAACUGAACAUCGCUGUAGCCCAUAGAAUGAUAGGAGAGAUACAUGCAGAUCGUGGCAACUAUGAGGAAGCGUUGAAGUAUCAGAACCACUAUUUGGAAGGAGCCAAGGAGAUAAACAAUUUAUUAGAGGAACAACGAGCUUAUGCUACUCUAGGUAGGACAUACUUUUGCUGGGCUGAAAGCUUACCUGAAAAGUCUGAGAAGAAAACUGAAGUUCUCAUAAAUGCAAAGAAAGCAUAUGUGAAGAGUAUACGACUUUGCAACAAAUUGGGAGAUACAGAUAUAGACUUGAAAGAAUUGAUUACAAUGCGAGCACGGUUGCUAUUAAAUCUAGGUUUGGUGCUAGAAACUCAGAAGGAGCACCAACAGGCUGUCGAUUUAAUGGAGAAAGCUGCUGCAUUAUGCGAAACACAUAACUUGCAAGAAGAUUUUCAUAGAACACAAAUUGCUCUGGGUGGAAUUUAUGAUCGGCAACGCAACUAUGAUUCAGCGUUAAAACACUUUGAAACUGCCACUGAAGUUGAUAAUCCGUCUUUGAAAGCUGAAGCUCAAUUGUUACAAGGAGAAUUACUUUUAAGAAUGGAAAGAUGGAGUGAAUCACGCAAGAUAUUGGUUUCCCUUUAUGUUACAGAUAACUUACCUCAAAAUAUUAAAAACCAAGUAGAAAAAACUCUCAGAAUAGUGGCAACAUUGAACGCGACUGAGGAAGCUCUAAAGACAGAAGAAAGUAUAAGCGGCAGACUGAAGCUUUACGAAAAUCUAGGAGAUGCUGCUGUUGCUGUGCAUUGUUUCGAGAAAGCCAUCGAUUAUUACAGAAAGAUGCUUAAAUGCGCGGAAGAAAUCAAAAGCGAUCGUAUAGAUGCAGCUUUGUUAAGUCUAGCGCAAACUUUAAAGGAUGUAGGACGAUACAACGAAGCGUUAGAUUUUGCACACAGGGAACUAAAACUUUGCACGGAUUCGCGUGAAAUUUGUAGAUCUGCGUUAUUCUUAGCAGAUUUAUUGAUAGCCACUAAAGCGACGGACGAUCAAAUUCAAGAAAUUUACGAUUUAGCUUGGAAUAAUGCAAAAGUUUGUGCUGAUGUUUCUUUGGAAGCGUCCGUCUUAAAAGAACAAUUGAAUUAUUUUAUCAACUCUGGAAAAACCGAAGACAUAAAAAUGAUCCAGGAGAAACUGGACAUGCUGGAAGAAGCAUCCAAUUGUUCCGAUAGCGAAGACGAGUUAGAAGAAAAUGAUAUUGGUGCAAACAUUUGCUUAGAAGAUUUGUCGGAUGUAGAAACUGAAUUGAGAGCUAAAGAAAAUGGUAGAAUAAAUAGAAAACGAACCAAAAGAAAACUGGUUACGAUAAAAAAAAAUGAAAAGGGUGAAACACAGCUUCACGUAGCUUGCAUUAAUGGAAAUAUCGAAGCUGUAGAAAAAUUACUGGCGGAUGGUCAUCCAUUGGAUGUUAGAGACAAUUUUGGGUGGACUCCUCUUCAUGAAGCUGCUAAUCACGGAUUCGUGGAGAUUGCCAAGUUAUUGUUACAGCACGGUGCGAACGUGAAUGAUCCUGGAAGCAUCAUGUGUCAAGGAGUCACACCUCUUCAUGAUGCAGCAUCUUGUGGCAAUCUUUCUAUGAUGAGACUUUUAAUGGAACACGGAGCAAAUGUGGAACUUGUAGCGAAUGAGGAUGAUACUGUAUUAGAUUGUUUAGAGCAGUGGAAAGAUCGUGUUGAUUAUUUGUCUUCCGAUGACGAAGCUGACUACAACGAAAUGCAUAAAAGAUUGUCUGCUCUCAUACCAGCGAACAAAAGGAAGAAAUGCAAACAAUCAAAUAAAUCGUCACGCAGUUUAAAAAGUUUAAUCGAUGAUCGGAACAGUAACGUGGAGAAAGUAUCCGCUGGUGAAGAUUAUAAAAGAACUAUAGCUAGUUUAAAGCAUAGGAGUGACCCAAUCGGAGCAACUUUGACUCGUGCUAAACGCAUCGUAAAUCCACUUUUGAACAACGAGGAGGUCCUUUUGGAUGAUUGGUUGGAGGACGAUAUUAACGAAAGCAUUAGUGACAAAAGAUGUUCAGAUGAAAGAAAUGUAACUUUAACAAUAAAAAGGAAGUCGAGUAACGGUGAUAUCGAUCAAGAGCAGAAUUUAAAGCGGCAGAGAACAAAGAUUCAAAGUCCUAUAGUAAACGAUGAAGAACUUGAUCUAACAGAGGAAGAAAGUAAUGAUAGUAGUAAUACCGAAAUAAUCAAUUCUUUUGAAGUACGCAAAUUUCGGAAGAAAAAACAACAGAUGUCUUUAUUAUCAAUUGGUUUUACGAAAGACCCCGUUUCUCGAACACCUUCACCCGUAAACUCUUCUCCCGCGGAAUUUGACUUAAAAGAAGCUGAUUUGAUAAUAAAAUCUAUCAUCUUAAAUGUUUCUAUCGAGGGGAAAGUAUUCCAAACACAGGCGGAACUCUCAAAUACAUCGAAACCAUCGGUGCAAAAUAUUUUAACAGAUAUCGAAAAGAAAUUUUAUGAUGACAGCGGGUGUAGAGCGAAGCUUGAUUUAAAAACUAUGAAUGGCAUCACGAUAAAUUCCAAUAAUGUAUUUACGAUUUUGAACGAAGGAGAUAUUAUUAAGAAUUUUAAAUGUGAGGUGAUUGAAUUGGAGACACCGUCCAUCGUUGAACGAUAUAGGACUAUUUGUACAACUCAUAACAUAGAUGUUCGUGAAUUCAUAUCAAAGUGUUUGAAGUCGUGCGAGAAUACGCUCAUCUUACGGUUAAAGCAGGAUAUCAGUAAAAAAGAACUCGUGUGCGUGUUAAAAACCUUAGAAUAUCAAAAGAACGUUCAAAUAUUAGAUAUGUCCAAUAAAGAAUUGCACGAAGCAGGGGAUAUUCUGAAUGACUGUAUUUUGAAGUUGUCGACCUUGCAAGAAUUGUGCCUUCAAGGAUGUGAUAUUGAUUCCAUGUGUUUAAGUAAAUUACAAAAGCUACCCUCGCAACUUAAAUUUCUAGAUCUCAGUUAUAAUCCACUUGGAUCAGCAAGCGAAGAAGCACUUUGUAAACUCAUAAUUCCUUUGACUCAACUUCAAACUCUAAAUUUACGAUAUUGUCAACUGCCUAACAUCCGAUUUCUUUCAAGUAAUAGUACCUUGGUGAAUUUGGAUGUUUCUUGGAAUAAUUUGAAUGGAAAUGAACUUUGUUCCUCCUUACAGAGACAGUUGCUUAAUUUAAAUUUGUCAUGUACAACUGUUUCAACUAAAUUUAACUUAGUCAAAAGCAUUUUUAAUAAUACGAAUGUUUCGUUCACAAACUUGGAAUGUUUAGAGCUCGUUGAAUGUGAUUUAUUGGAUUCUAAUGUAAGAAAUAUUUUAUCGCAAGCGUCGAAUCUUUCUAAACUGGUGCUCAGAGGAAAUAGAGACGUAGGUAGCCAAUCUUUGAAUUUCUUAUUAAAUCACACACCAACACUGAGACAUAUCGAUAUCAGUGGGUGUGAAACUAUUGCUACGUAUCCUGAUACAGAAGUAUUUAUUGAGAAUCCAGAAGUUUGUACUUUAAUUUCAAGUAUGUCUUCUGACGUGUACGAGUGUUGGGUUUGUUUAUGGCGAAGAAAAGGUAUUGCGAGAAGAUUAUCACACAAUCUUGUGAUUGUUAAACCUAUGACGUAUUGAGAAUUGUUACUUUUACAUGUACAGUACUUAUAUAUUUUGUAUGCAAUUUGUAUAGGGUAGUUUAUUGGAAUACAACAUUUUUAUACAUAUAGAACUGGAUAUUUAACUAAUUUUAUAUAAUUUUUAAUAAAAUGUUUCAUUCAAAUAAUUUUAAAAAGUUAUUAUUGAGUCUGUAUCAUUUAUGUUAGAAAAUGGCACCUGACACAAAUGCAUCGUUGACUAUCAAAGAAAUAAAUUCCUUCUUAUUCUUAUGGUAAGCAUCCAGUUAUAUGCAUAAAACGCUAGAUGACAAGAUCGCCCAAUGUAACAUAUACGUAUACUUACCAACUAAACCAUCAUCCACUUACCCCUGGUUCUGCAUUCUGGUCGGCUCGGUUCGCGAGCGAUUUGAAUAUUCGAGCUUUCCGACAGCGGACAGCCCUAGUUGAAACAUUUCUUCGCACGCGAGCACGAUAAAUGAACAAGGAUUACAAGUGGAAAUAUUUAUUAUAAAUCAAAGCUUACAUAUUAUUUAAAUAACAAUACUCGCACCUGAGAGCUAUAAUACCUCAGCUUAAAACAAAAAAAAACUACUUUCGACUACUAGCGAGCGCGGGACACUAAUCUUAUCCUAAUACUGUAUCACUUCAUCUAUUCCUCAACUGUAAAGUAGAACCUUGAUAGCUCACCUUGAUCUACAGCUUGUUUAAAAACUUAUUAUUUUUUAAACAAAAACAAAUUAUCCAAUAAAAACGCAGUAUUCGAUAAAUUAAAGGUAUCCAGGUUGAGCUUCUAAAAAUCGAAAUUUCGACGCAGUAACGCACAAGCCGCCUAUGUGUACUUGGUACUUAUUUACGUGAUUCGUAUAGUAUACUGGUAUAAUAAUCUCGUCUCGAUUCAGAUUUCUACGAGCUUCUUAGCCUGGACACAUUUCCAUUAAAUAGUAAAAAACAUAAAUAAGAUAAGAAUAUUAAAAUUGCACAGCUCUUUCACUCUUUCCUUGCAGAAAAAAGGAAUUUUCUUUGAGAUUCUUAAAGUUAAAAAGAACGAUUAAUUAAAUACAUAUCUAUUACUCCUUGUAUUGUUCCAUAUAAAUUUGUAUCUCGAUUAUUUGAGAAAUUGAAAGUUAAUAUUUAUUUGAUAAUUUUAGUUGUUGGAAGAUUAAAAAUGAUUUCACGGCACUUUCGUUUCGUAAGAACCACAUUCAACCAUCGCAUGUAUAACUCAACCAGUACUAAUAUAUGGAUCAAUUUUCAAAUAUUGCCAGAUACGAAUGUCAAGUGUGAAACGUUACUGAAAAGUCUACAGUUUCAUUUUGAGGGUACCGUUAGACAUGAAAAUUCAGUACAAAGUAAAACUGAGAUGUCUAUGAGACAGAUCUUUUUCAUACCGCCAUCCAUGACAAUCCGGUAUG